AUGUAACAACAAUCUUUUCCCUUAUAUCUGUUUAUUCUUUAUGAGUAACAGACUGAAUAAACGAAAUUUAGUCCAUUAAGAGUUUUGUGUUCGUAGAGCAAUAUAGGAAAAUUUGCAAUUCAUUUAUUCUGUUUCCUAAUUAAAUUGAAAUAGAGAGAGAUUUUUCAAUAUUUUAAAAAAUUUAUUGCCAAGAUUAAUGAUAACUUUAUUCUUUAUGCAUAUCUAUUAUUUAUCAUAUGCACUAAUCCUAUUAGUAUUGAUCCCCAUGAUAACAGCAGUAAGAUAAGCAAUAAUAUAGUUAUAUCAAAAAAAAAUGAAGCUAUUAAGGUUGAUCAGCAAGAAAUCUAACUUUGA